AUGGUAGUUCAUUGUCAAUCGAUAUCAACUAGUAGUACGACUAUAGUUUAUCCAGAUGAUCAGAAUCUAUAUUAUACUGGACGUGUUGAUAAACAAGACUCAAAUGUCUACGUUUUUGAUUGGUCAUUUGUAACAAUCAACUUUAUUGUUACUGGUACUUUAUCUAUUAAAGCUUCCUUUUCUACUUCUAAUACUGUUAAUCCAAAUUUAUUCAAUGUUGUUGUAAAUGAUCAACUUUUGGAUAUACCAAUCACUAUCAAUUCAACAAAUAUCCAAGUGAUCACAUUACUCGAUGAUUUAGAUCCACAAUCCUCUUACAAUGUUUCAAUAUCCAAGAGAACUGAAGCUGCUAUGGGAAUAGUAAGCUUUUAUGGCCUAGAAGUCGAUUCAACUGCUCAAUUUACUCCUUUACAACCUUCUUCUAGAAAGAUUGAAUUUAUUGGUGACAGUAUAACAUGUGGAUAUGGUAUAUUGGGUCUUGGACCAUGCAGUUUUACUCCAGAGACUGAGGAUAGUUAUGUAACGUAUGAAGGUUUAAUUUCUAGGGCAUUGGGAGCAGAGUUGUAUGUUGAGAGUUGGUCAGGUAAAGGGAUGGUUAGAAAUGUUGGUGACAAGAAUACAACGUCUCAAUAUCCAUUCCCAUACUAUUACAAUUUCACAGUUGCAAAUAAUGCAUCUACUAUUUGGACGUACGAGGGAUUCCAACCAGAUGCAGUGGUAAUCAAUCUUGGAACCAAUGAUUAUUCUACGCAACCAGCACCACCCCAAUCCAUCUUUACCCAAGGAUACCUUGCAUUUAUCCAACUUUUAAAAUCAAAAUACACAAACAAUCCAACAUUCUUUUUGGCAUGUGGACCUAUGAUAAGUAAUCCUUGUUGUCAAUAUGUAAAGGAUAUAGCCACACAAACAGGAUCUACUUUUAUCAAUCUCCAAGGUCUCCUUACACCAGAAAGUACUGGUUGUGCAGGACACCCAAAUCAACUUGGUCACACCUAUAUGGCUAAAGUUGCAUUCCCAAUCAUUCAACAAACAAUGGAUUGGUAA